AUGGCGGCGCUUCCCCCCCUCCGCCGCCUCCUGGCCCUCCGAGGCCACCGCCGCCUCCUCUCCACCGCUCCUGCCGCCUCAUCCAGCAACCCCCCUACCCCAGAGGCCGUUCUCUACGACAUCCACAGCCUCUCCAAGGACCCCUCCCAAGCGCUCGCCGUCUUCCGCCGCUCCGCCGCCGCCGGCCAGCCCGUAAGCUCCGCGGCAUACAACCUCAUGCUCCGCACCCUCGCCUCCCACCCCUCCUCUGCCCAGCGCUAUUUCUGGCCCUUCCUCCGGGAGAUGCAGGAGGCUGGCCACUCCGUCGACCAGGGCACCUACCUCGCUGCUCUCGCAUCCUUCAAGAAGGCCAGCCUCACCGCCGACUACGCCUCCCUCACCGCGCACUACGACAAGUUCCGGAAGGGGGGCAAGUCCGCCGCCGCCGCCGCCGCCGCGGAGGCCGUCCGGGACCACGACUCCGCGGGCCUCGAUAGCAGGCUCGCUGACAUCGGUCUCCUUCCGCUCACGGAAACCACCGUCAUCACGGUGCUCCGGGAGCUGAGGGAGCAUCCGAUCAAGGCUCUCGCCUUCUUCAGAUGGGCUGAGCGGCAGCAGGGGUACACGCACAGUUCCGUGGCCUACAAUGCCAUGGCAAGGGUGCUCGGCCGGGAGGAGUCGGUCCCAGAGUUUUGGGACUUGAUCCGGGAAAUGAAGGCUGCCGGGAUGCACGUUGAUAUCGACACUUACCUCAAGCUGUCCAGGAACUUCCAGAAGCGGCACAUGGUCCGGGAGGCUGUGGAGCUGUAUGAGCUCAUGAUGGAUGGCCCUUUCAAGCCAGCCCAGCAGGAUGGACCCAUCAUCAUCAGGCGCAUCUCGCUGGGGCCGUCGCCGGACCUUGAGCUUGUCAAUCGGGUUGUCAACAAGUUUGAAGCCGUCUGGGGCGUCAAGACCAAGGAGUUGCUUGACGGGGUCCAUAGGGCACUUACCAGUAAUGAGAAGUUUGACAAGGCUGCAGAGAUUGUGCAAACAAUGAGGGACCAAGGCCACCAGCCGGACAAUGUUACAUAUAGCCAGUUGGUAUAUGGUCUUUGCAAGGCCGACAAGCUGGAGGAUGCUCGCAAGGUGCUUGAUGAAAUGGAGGCCGAAGGGUGUGUCCCAGAUUUGAAGACUUGGACCUUGUUGAUCCAAGGGUACUGUUCAGCUGGGGAUGUGGACAGAGCUGUGCAGUACUUCACUGAGAUGAUCGAGAAGGGCUUGGACGCGGAUGCCGAUUUGCUGGAUGUGAUAUUGAAAGGUCUGUGUAGCCAUGAAAAGGUUGAAGAGGCUUACUCUUUGUUUGUUGAGAUGGUGGAUAAGGCUGAGUUGAGGCCUUGGCAAGGCACUUACCGGCGUCUAAUUGGUGACUUGCUGAGGGUAAACAAACUUGACGAGGCACUGGCCCUUCUGAAGACAAUGAAAACCUGCAAGUUCCCACCUUUCGCAGACCCAUUCCCUCCUUACAUUGCCAAGCAUGGGACGGUUGAAGAUGCAAGGAACUUUUUCAAGGCCUUGACAGUGAAUACUUCUCCAGCACCUGCUGCCUACCUGCAUGUUCUCAAGUUGUUCUUUGCGGAGGGAAGAUAUUCUGAAGCUCAAGAUUUACUGUACAAAUGCCCUAACCACAUCCGCAAGCACCCCCAUGUCACCAAACUGUUUGAAUCAAUAAAAGUUGAGAGUGCCUCUGCCUCUUGA